CAAUUCAGGUGAGGAUUUAUUUAUAUAUUUAUCUAGUUAGCAUGAUGCAUGGUGUGUUUGUUUUUAUUUACUGUGUCGAAAACCAGAUAUUUUUGUGAAUUUAGCAAAAAAAGUGAGAAUCGCGGACUGCACCUUUAAUCCCCAUCAAUUUGCAUACAGUGUCAAAAUUAGUGAUCAGACCUGCUUAAACUUGUUGGAAAAGUAACACAAAAUUUAAUUUAGAGUUAUAUUAUUGUUAUGCCAUGAUUCAAUCCGUACCCACAUGGUUUGGUAAAUCUGUAUUGCAGCAUAAAGUACCGAUAAAUAGAAACCAGUUUCCAGAAAUGGAAGCAAAAUUACAUCUGAAACUUUGAACACAACAUUGUGAUUAGAAGUUAGAUUAAAUAAGUGCAACUUUUUUGGUGCAAACAUCUCUCUGUGAUAGCAGAAAGUUGAAUUACCACCAUCUAAACCUCAUUUAAUGGCUUCAUUUUGAAAUGAUUCCUAGUUUUGUGCUUUUGAAGAGUUCUGUGUUGCCACUCCUCACAUCAGACUGAAGCUGGAUUAAAAAGCUGCUCCCACUAAACUCCCUCUCGCACUGAGAGAUACAGGCUGAGGUUAACAAAACAUAGACAAGCAUCAGUAUUUUCCAGGGAGUCUCCAUUAUUUCUGGCUUUGGGGUCUCUAAUGGUAUUUCAUUGUAAUUGCGAUGAUGUCAGAGUGUCCGUCCGCCCUAAUGGUCUUCUAAAAACAACAACAAGGACAGAUUGGUUCCAUUCACCGGAUCGUCCACUCGCAGACGCACACAGAGUCCAGCAGCUCACAGCCUCUGCAGGAUCUUCAGCCGAGAAGCAUGCACCUCCGUCCUCUCUCCCUCUCCUUCCUCGUCCUCCUGGUUGCCGGGGCAGCCAUGGUGUGCGUUGCCGUGACGACGACGGCGACACUCCACGGUUUCCGAGGCUGCGCGGUGCGAGAGUUCUCCUUCGUGGCCCAGAAGCCCGGCUGCAAGGGGCUGCGCAUCACCACCGAGGCCUGCUGGGGGCGCUGCCACACCUGGGAGAAACCCGUCCCAGACCCUCCCUACAUCCACCGCCACCACCGUGUUUGUACCUACAGCAGGACCAGACACAUGACGGCCCGCCUGCCCGGCUGUUCUCCUGGAGUCUCUCCUCUCUACCACUACCCGGUAGCUCUGCACUGCCACUGCGCCGUCUGCUCCACUCAGGACACCGAGUGUGAAACCUUCUGACGGACGCCUCCUGCUAACUGUGUUAUCAGCUGAAUAAAAUGAUAAAAGAUGUCUGAGUGAGUGGGAGUCCUGCUGAGGUGAAGCACUGAAAGGAUGUUUGAUCUACUAACCGACACAUCUGUAGACUGAAGAAGUUCUAAAUGUCUGUAAGACAGGAGAAGCAACAGAGCAAACAUUAUGUUCCUGAAUCAGACUACUGUCAUUCAAAGACACUUUUAGAUGAUAUAUCUGAACUGUAGCUCUUAUUGUAAUCUAAAAACAGACAGUAUUUGUGUAUUUCAGCAGUUGUAAGGAAACUUCUCUAGAGCCUCAAUCAUUUUCAGCAUAUAGCUUACAGUACUGAGAUAAAAAUGGUAAAUUGGUUUGAGUAGAAUCCCAAAUAAACUGUUCAAAUGACCAGAUUAGUUCAGUGCAUUUAUCCAUUACAGACUGUAGUGUGUUCCUUUAUAAAUGGUGACAGUAGUGGGGAAAGUAUUCAGGUUGUUUACUCCAUAAAUACUACAAGUAAACGUUCAGCACAAAAAAUCCAUUUCAGUCAAAUUACAUGAAUAUUAUACUGAAAGAAAAAAUCUGUAAAAGAUCAUUUAAAAACUCCUAUAUUAUUAUUCCAAAACUGUAAAAAAAAAAAAGGUGAAAAGGACAGAAAAUGACUGAAAUAAUUAUAUUUAUAAUGGAUUUAACUGCAGUAAAACUGUUUAAUUUUAUGGUCUCACAUUGUAAAACAAGAAAAGCCCUCAUAGAGCACAGUACCCUCCAAGGCUGCUCAGUCCUUGUAUGAUUUCGUACAGAUAAAUCUGCAGCGAUGGAUUUGUAGUAGGAUCACAGUCAUGUGAUCAUCAGCAGGGAGCUGGCGUAGUGUUCACUUGUUGUCAUGGUUACAGUGACUCCGUACCGCUAUCUCGCAACGAUGCAGGACUGAGCAGCCUUGGUGGAGUACCGCGCUGUUUUCCUUGUAAUUUAACAAAACAGGGAAAAUCUGUUUGCAAAGAAAAACUACAGUGAAAAUGUAACAUUUUGUGCUUUGUGCCUUGUGACGGCUAUAUCAUUAGAUACGACAUAAUUAGGUUAUUAAUCGUGAAGCAGAUAGAGCUGGUUUGAAUUUCUUUAGUUUGCUAAACAGAGAGGGCAUUUUUGAAAACAUUUAUUUAAAUUAAAUGUAUGAAGUUUUAAAGGAAAAAUCACUGUUUGGUUGAACAUCUGAAAUGUGAUCCCAGCUAUAGACUGUUUUGUCAGAAAUAAAAAAAAAGAAAAUCACCAGCUUAAUCUUUAACAAUAGUUGAUCAUUUAAAAGCUUGUUAGAUUAUCCACUGUGUAAAACUGUCAUCUUUAAAUGACCUAAAACUGUCUGAUAAAUGCAGUGGAGAGAAAGUAGAAAUAUUCAUGUCAAAUACUAAUAUCUCAAAAUUGUUCUUUUGUGUAGAAGAAAAAUAACUUUUAAUUGCAAGCUAUGUAUGCAGGUCACCUGAACACGAUCAUUUGAUGUGAGGUUUAAGACUUCAAAAGCAUCAACAAAAACAAAAUCCACAGAAGUUGGUUUAAAGUUGCAGAAUAGAAAUUUAUUGACAAACAAUUUCAUCACAAACUGUACAGUGCAUUCUUUCUCUUAUUCUUUAAUCACUGAACCGACAUUCUUUGGUUUCAUCAAUAGAUAUUAUUUACAAAAUGUCUUUACGUUCAAAUUCAUACAUAUAAAUAAAUUUUGUACAUUCUUUGGUCUCUUGUUUGUGAUUAGUGGUUAUUACAAAGAAUGAAACUUCCUGUAUGUUUGACCCUGAUGUUGUUUUUUGUUUAGUACAAGUCAAUGAAGCAUCUAAACCAUC